AUGGAUUGGGUCCCAAGUUCACGUUUGGCGACGUUCUCAGCCUCAGUGCUAUCAACUGUAUCUAUAAUUUCGGUCAUUAUCGGAUUGCCAAUGAUGCAUAUGCACAUCCAAAAACUUACCUCAGAAAUGAUGUCCGAAGUUGAACUCUGCAAGAGUGAGUCACGAGACAUCUGGAAGCAAAUGACAUUCACGAAACCUAGUGACAUCCGAACGAAACGACAGACUCCCUACGGUAACUAUGGUGGUGUACCGGCUGGAUCAUGCUGUGCCUGUACCCAAGGAAUGCCUGGACCUCGUGGUCCUGCAGGAGAAGCUGGACAACCUGGUGUGGAUGGAUUCCCUGGAAGAAAUGGUCCCAAUGGAAGGAAUGGCAAGUACCUACCUGCCCCACCUCCUGGCACCAACGCUUGCCAGAAAUGUCCUCCUGGGCCACCGGGACCUCCAGGAAUGCCUGGACCAAAAGGUGCUCCUGGUUCAUUUUCACGGAGUACUCUCCUACAUAAGUAUAGCUGUUCAGAAUUUUGA